AUGCAUGCAUAUGGUCAUAAUCUUCCAGCUCUCACAUAUGUGUAUUAUAUAUAUGAUCGAUAUAUCAUUUGUCUCUCCGCUUUCAACUUCUCCACAAAUGAGCAUGACGUCCUUCAAAUCCCAAAAGAGUCCUAUGAUUCCUGCUGUUCUGCCAACCCGAUUGGCGAGACUCUCACCAGAAGCCCCGUCAACAUAACCCUCUCAAAUGCUGGCAACCUUUACUAUAUUUGCACCUUCAAACAGCAUUGCCAAUCAGGGCAGAAGUUUGUCAUUUCUGUCUCAGGCUCUUUAGAUGCUACCCCACCUACAGACAGAACUCCACCAUCAACCAAAACUCCUCCUAGAUCAAGUACUAGGCGUAGGCGGCGGAGCACUCAAAACAGCUCGGCCCAUCAGGCAGCCAAUGAGCAAUUCACUGGCCCAACGGCUCAGAUCCUACCCGAUUCUUCGUCAUCCGGGAUCUUUGCUAGUUUCUUGGUCACAUUAUUUUCCAUUGUCAUGGGUUUCCUAUUGUAA